ACUUCCAGUGAGCCAGGCCCUCUGUACGUUGGUGAGGCAACAGUGCAGCCGGCAGACAAAUGCAUUGUACAGACAGCUACGAAUUCGCGACUAACUGCAGCCACCAAUGAGUCUUCGUGGAGUCUGCUUCAUGCCGCUGUGCCAACACCCUCUCCCUCUGCACAGCCAAACACAACCUCUACCUUCUACUUCGACAGCUCCUGUGCGUCCAUGAACUUCCCUUCUCCUCCGAGCAGCAGUGGCAGUGGUGGGAGUGGUCGUCCUUCAAAUCAUCCAAUCAUGGGCACUAGUCUCUAUUCAGCCGGGAGCAGUGGGGGUAUACAACGCUCCUGCACCUUUCCAAACAGCCAACAGGAGGCAUUUGCUGGUGUCUCUCGGCCUCCUCAACCCUUAUACAACCCAAGCUGCACGCCGGGCCGCGCUCUGGUGUCCGUGGAAACCCAGACUUCACGAGAACAAGUGACGGAGUUGGAUGAGACCGUAGGAGAGGUAAUUGGUGUCACAAAACGAAACCAAAGGCCGGUAGCGAAGCGACACUUGUACAUCAACAUAUUGGACGAUUUCGAGGGAGGGGACGUGAAGUUGUCCAGCUGA